AUGUAAAGCAAUGGGAGGAGGGGUGCAACUUGUAAUUCGCCUUGUGACCAGUAUUAUUUUUGUGUGAAACUAUACAUUGUCUUAGAUGUUGAUUGAUUUUUAUACAAAUAUGGUACUCUUCAGCGUGUGGGAAGUACAUAAAGCUUCAAGUCACGAAGGCUAAUCGGUAAUUAACGGGCAUAAUAGGCGUACUUUGCGUAACAGUCGUAGUAUUACACCCUUGCAUUCGUAUUUUGGUUUGACGUCCAAAAAACGGCGGAAAAACAAGUAAUGACAUAUACAUUCCUUCUCUUAAAUACAUUAUACUUCAAGCUUAACAUCAGUUUAACAUCCCUUUUAAAUACAUUUUAACUUUAUGUGGAAUAUAUUUGCACUUGUAUUUAUUGACGCUCUUAAAUUGUUUGCGAACAGAGGCUUUUUAGACAGCUAGGUGGCGCUGUGUAACAGUAGGACGUCCCAGAAGGUCAGGCGGAAAUAUGGCGGUGAUCAUGAAGGCGCUGCUGAGAAGACACGCGUUUCAUUAUAAGCCGGCGCUUCGCCGGCAUUCCAGCUUGUUAACUGACUUGAUAGAAAACAUGGAUAAAAAGGAGACCUGGGACAGAUUUUAUCAGGAGAACAACAGUACUAAAGAUGGCUCCCAAAACUUCCGGAACUUUGAAUGGUUCUUCAGCUUUGAUGCCAUCCAGAGCUUCAUCCUUCCACUGCUGCAACCACAGUCGUCACAUGAAGCCCCAAAGAAUGCUCUGGACAUGGGCUGCGGCACGUCGGCUGUGGGCCCCGGGAUUUACAGGCACUCUCCCUGGCCGGUGCGGGUCACGUGUGCCGACGUUUCCGCGGUUGCGAUCCGCCUGAUGAGGGAGCAGCAGCAAAGCAGAGCGGUGCAGCCGGGGAACACGUCCUCCAGCCUGCUGUUCCUGGAGCUGGACUGUUCCCAACUCCUGCAGCAGUUCAGCCUCUGCACUUUUGACUUGAUCGUAGAUAAAGGCACGACCGACGCUUUGUUGAGAUCUAAGGAGGGUCCGACCAAAGCUGGGCGGGUCGUACAGCAGUGUCUCAGAGCCCUGCGGCCAUCUGGGUCUCUUCUCCAGUUUUCAGAUGAAGACCCAGAUGCUAGACUCUUAUGGCUGGAAAAGCAGAGUGGAGAACUGGGGGGUGGAGUCCCAGGGGUCAAAGUGCAGGAGGUAGGAACUUUAAGGGGCAUUUCCUAUUAUUGCUAUACAAUAAGCCCCCCCAGUUCCCCUUAGCCUUUGACCCAUAACUGCCCAAUUGUUCUUUUGUUUUAUGUAUUGAAAUUAUUGAAAGAAUUGUUGAAACCGCGUGUGUAAACAUUUACAUAUACAGUAUAAUCCCACAAAUAAAAUUCUUAUUGUA